GUAAAAGAACAAUAUAACGAGUGGAUGGCUGAAGAAAUAAAAGAACUUACACCUUCUGGUCGAAUUAAACGUCCUCCAUAUAAUCUUAUUGCACAAUGGGUAUUAACUGCAUGGGAACAAAUUGAUUCUAAGCUUAUUGAAAAAUCAUUUAAAUGUUGUGGCAUUUCAAAUUCUCGAAAUGGAUCUGAAGAUAAGUUAAUUUUUGAUUACGAUAGAUUAAUUUUAACUCAAAAUAGAAAAGAAAAUAAUGAUUAUAUUUUUGAAAAUAUUGAAUAUAAUAAUCAAGAAAAAAAAAUUAUCGAUUUAACUGAAAUUAAUAAUAAUGAAAAUAAUGAAGUAGAUAAAUAUUACGAGAAAGAAUCUAUAGCUUAUAAUAAUAUUUGGAAAAUUUAA